UUCUAAGUGUUUGGUACCCAACGCCCUGAUGGUUGCCAGGGGUAGACUCUAAGCAAUGCCAAUAAGUGACUUCCUGGUCAUGCUCUCCACUCCUUUGGCCUGGUUUCCGUCAUAGGUUCAACGCCACCUUUCCAAACUCUUUGACAAUAUGGCCAAGAUGCAAUUCCAGCUAGACGCCAGUGGGAAACCAACCAAGAUAAGUCUUGGCAUGUACAGCAAGGAAGAAGAGUACGUGGCCUUCAGCAAGCCAUGUGACUGCAGUGGGCAGGUAGAAGUAUGGUUGAACCAUGUGCUUGCUCACAUGAAGGCCACUGUGAGGCAUGAGAUGACAGAGGGUGUAACUGCCUAUGAAGAAAAGCCCAGGGAACAGUGGCUCUUUGACUAUCCAGCUCAGGUGGCCCUGACCUGCACUCAGAUCUGGUGGACCACAGAGGUGGGUGUGGCAUUUGCCAGGCUGGAGGAAGGCUAUGAGAACGCCAUGAAGGACUAUUACAAGAAGCAAGUGGCUCAGCUCAGAACCCUCGUCACUAUGCUGAUGGGCCAGCUCUCCGAGGGGGACAGGCAGAAGAUCAUGACCAUGUGUACCAUCGACGUCCACGCCCGGGAUGUGGUGGCCCAGAUGAUCGCUCAGAAGGUGGACAGUGCCCAGGCCUUCCUCUGGCUGUCCCAGCUGCGGCAUCGCUGGGAUGACGAGGCCAAGCACUGCUUUGCCAACAUCUGUGACGCCCAGUUUCUGUAUUCCUAUGAGUACCUGGGAAAUACACCUCGCCUGGUGAUCACGCCUUUGACAGACAGGUGCUACAUCACUCUCACCCAGUCUCUGCACCUGACCAUGAGUGGGGCUCCAGUGGGACCUGCAGGCACCGGCAAGACGGAGACCACCAAGGACCUGGGCCGAGCACUGGGCAUCAUGGUCUAUGUGUUUAACUGCUCGGAGCAGAUGGACUACAAGUCUUGCGGCAACAUCUACAAGGGACUCGCUCAGACCGGUGCCUGGGGCUGUUUCGAUGAGUUUAAUCGAAUCUCCGUGGAGGUCUUGUCGGUGGUGGCAGUGCAGGUGAAAAGCAUUCAAGAUGCGAUUCGAGAUAAGAAGCAGCGGUUCAACUUCCUUGGGGAGGAGAUUAGCCUGAACCCUUCUGUGGGCAUCUUCAUCACCAUGAACCCAGGCUACGCCGGCCGCACGGAACUCCCGGAAAACCUCAAGGCUCUGUUCAGGCCUUGUGCGAUGGUUGUUCCAGACUUCGAGUUGAUCUGUGAAAUCAUGCUGGUGGCAGAAGGAUUCAUCGAAGCACGGUUAUUAGCCAGGAAGUUCAUCACCCUUUACCGGUUGUGCAAAGAGCUUCUCUCCAAACAGGAUCACUAUGACUGGGGCCUGAGAGCCAUCAAGUCCGUGCUGGUGGUGGCGGGGUCCCUGAAGCGAGGAGACCCUGACCGGCCCGAGGACCAGGUCCUGAUGCGCUCCUUGAGAGACUUCAACAUCCCCAAGAUCGUGACCGACGACAUGCCAGUGUUCCUGGGCCUGAUCGGAGACCUGUUUCCCGCCCUGGAUGUCCCUCGGAGGAGAGACCUCAACUUCGAGGCUCUGGUUAGGAAGGCGGUAGUGGAUCUGAAGCUCCAGGCUGAGGACAACUUCGUGCUCAAGGUGGUGCAGCUGGAGGAGCUCCUGGCCGUGCGGCACUCCGUGUUCGUGGUGGGCAGCGCAGGGACUGGCAAGUCACAGGUGCUGAGGUCCUUGCACAAGACCUACCAGAUCAUGAAACGGCGCCCCGUCUGGACAGACCUCAACCCCAAAGCGGUCACCAACGAUGAACUCUUUGGCAUCAUCAGUCCGGCCACACGAGAAUGGAAGGAUGGCUUGUUCUCUUCCAUCAUGCGGGAGCUUGCCAACAUCACCCAUGACGGGCCCAAGUGGAUCUUACUGGAUGGCGACAUUGAUCCAAUGUGGAUUGAGUCUCUGAACACCGUCAUGGAUGACAACAAGGUGCUGACGCUGGCAAGCAAUGAGAGGAUCCCCCUGAACCCCACAAUGAGGCUCCUCUUUGAGAUCAGCCACCUGCGCACGGCCACGCCGGCCACGGUCUCCAGAGCAGGGAUCCUGUACAUCAACCCGGCAGACCUGGGGUGGAGCCCUCCAGUGAGCAGCUGGAUUGACAGGAGGGAGGUCCAGACAGAGCGAGCCAACCUAACCAUUCUGUUUGACAAGUAUCUUCCAACCUGUUUAGACACACUCAGAACCAGGUAAGCCAGGCA